GACACGCGGUCGCAAUUGAUUGGCCAAGAAGAAUCUCUCCGGUGCAGAGGCAAUGCUGUAGAUUUCUCCCCCAUUGCCACACUCCUCCGCUCUCUCUCUCUCUCUCUCUUCCGAACUCCGGAACCGUUCUUCACAAUUUCCAUCUCUCAAUUGCUGUUACAGCUGAAAGCGAUCCUCUCCAAUGGCGUCUCUACACGCUUCUCUCCCUUCAGUCUCAUCAAUUCGUUUCCGUCGUCCACCGCUGGUUUCUCCCAGCACUCUAACUUCCUUGGCUCUGCAGUCCAGAUUGCCGUCCAAUGGUCGUUGCCGGAGAAUUCUCCGCAGGCGGUUCUGUAGAGCUAUGGUUCAGCAGGCCGCACAAGGAUCUCCGGCGAUAUAUGCCAAGGAGAUGGAGAGACUCUCUGCUAAAGAAUCGCUACUGUUGGCUUUCAAAGAUGCUGGUGGUUUUGAGGCUUUAGUUACUGGAAAAACAACGGAUAUUCAGCGAAUUGAUGUGAAUGAGAGAAUAACUGGUCUUGAGCGUCUUAAUCCAACUUCUCGACCAACAACGUCCCCUUUUCUGGAAGGUAGAUGGAAUUUUGAAUGGUUUGGUUCUGGAAGUCCAGGAUUUGCUGCUACGUUAAUAUUUCAGAGAUUUCCGUCAACUCUGGCUAAUUUGUCAAAACUGGACGCUUUUAUCAAAGAUGGAACUGCUAGGAUUACUGCUAAUGUUAAGCUAUUAAACGCGAUAGAGAGUAAAGUUAUUUUGUCCACCAAGUUAUCUGUGGAGGGACCCUUACGACUGAAAGAGGAAUAUAUUGAAGGGAUACUUGAAACACCUUCUGUUAGUGAACAAGCAGUACCAGAACAGCUGAAAGGCUUAUUUAAUCAGGCAGUCAACACAAUGCAGCAACUUCCAGUUCCUAUCAAAGAUGUCCUUGCCAGUGGGCUAAAAGUUCCUCUAAGUAUGCUGGAUCUUAUCAGAGGCUCAUGAUGAUUUCUUAUCUUGAUGAGGAAAUUCUAAUUAUUAGGGAUACUUCUGGCGUGCCUGAAGUUCUUACAAGGCUGGAGUCUCCUCCAUCUCCCCUGGAGCCAAGCACGACAGACUAUGAAAGCUAGUGUAAUCUUUCUUUAAUGCACUUCCAUUAUAAAUAAUUAAUUCCAUCUCUCACUCUCUCCCUGUCAGGUUCUUUUGCCUUUUCCUCCCACACACUUCCAAUUUAUGAAUGACAUAGCAAUUGAAAAAUUCUUUAGUC